AUGUUUCGUGCUGUAGGGUUUUUUGUGUGCGUAUUUGUGGUUUUGGCCGUCGGAGACGAAGAAUUGACAGAACGAUGUAAUAAAUUUAAACUUAAUGUGAUGAAAUGUUGCACAAGUCCUUCGAGGUCUAAAAUAACAGCUAAACCCGAAAUAAAGGACUGUCUUACGGAGCAUCCUUCACUUUCCUGUGAUGCAGAGAUAUGCAUAGCUAAGAACCUAGGAUACUACAGGUCUGAUGGCGAAUUAGACAUGGAGGCUUUAACAAACCACGUAGAGAAAGACAUGGAGGAUAAUCAAGAAUUAUUGGGCCUAAUUAAGAACAAUUGUUUUAAAGCCGAACUCACUGAUGUGUGUAUUUAUAAACAAGUGCAUCUUUGCAUGCUCAAGCAAUCUAUAGAAAAUUGCCAGGAAUGGAGUAGCGAAGGACGCUGCGAAGAAAAUAAAAUUAAGGAAUUAACUAAAGUUUGCCUGGAUAAUAAUUAA